AUGCCCCCGGACACGAAAGCUGACGCCUCCUGCGGGCAGCGCGACCCCGCGGGAGCGGAGGGAAAGAAAAAGUGGGAGCAAAAGCCUACAGCACCCGCCUGGCUGCAUCCCGCUGCCGACGGCGAGCCCCUGUAUCCCCACCCACGGCAGGACAACGAGGAUGAGUGUGCAGUGUGCGGUGACGGCGGCGAGCUCAUCUGCUGCGAUGGCUGCCCCAGGGCCUUCCACCUCCCCUGCCUGGUGCCCCCGCUGCCCCGUGUCCCGAGCGGGACGUGGCAAUGCAGCUCAUGCGUGGCCAAGCUGGGCCGGCUGCGGGAGGCAGACACGGCUGCAGAGCAGCUCCCUGCAGUCCCAGACAAGGAGGAGCACGGUGCCCAGCCGGGAGGAGGCCACGGCAGCACCUGUGGCCGCUGCUUCUCCAGCAUCUCUGCACCCCAACGCUGCCCUACUUGUGAUGGGGACCCUGGAGGGCUGUGGCUUUGCAGCUCCUGCACGGGCAUCCCAGAAACAGGCAGCCACGAGAGCAGUGCAGCUGCUGGAGAACGCGUGCUUCUGGCAGCAAAGCUAGAGAAUGGCUCAGCCAGCAGCGACCCCAUGUCCAGCAGGGAAGAGCUCGACGCCCUCCUGAGUGAGGUAGGACACGCGGAGUGCAUCCGCAGCACAUUCACAGGGACCACUUGGUGCACUGGGAAGCUCCAGAGCAGGCCGGGGGGCGCUGGGAAGGAAGAUGAGAAAGAGGGUAAAGCAGAGAGGCUGAGAAUAGAGCGAGAGCGGAGACUGACAACGGGUGUGCGAUCCCACAGGGAACGUGGGAUGGGAUCCUGCAGUGGGCAUUCCAGAGCAUGGCACGGCCCCUUGCAGACCCACACGGGCCGUUUGACUAGUGCCCGCUGCGGCCGUGGAAGGCCGAGGGAGACAAGACUACGGGGAGAGCAAAGAAAAGAAAAGAGCGAAAAGGAAGAAGAGCAACCAAUAAAGAAGUGA